AUGAUCGUCAUGCUCGUGUGUGUGUGUGAUGAUCACGUUUCGACUAUUUUCAAUGUCCUCAAGCAAAAUGAAAAUUUAUAUUUCACGUCCACGCUUAUAAUUUCUCUAGCAAUUCUUCUUCUUGUUCCCAGGUGCAGGUCACACUGUGGACGGCGAACCACCUCCUAUCCUAUCCUAUCCUUCCCAGAGGCGAGCGCUAAGAUAUUCUGUUCGCGAGAGAUUCCGAUUCGAGCAAUGACUGAGACGCGUGUAUUCGAUUGCUUAUCCAUCGGUUCACUGAGCAUUCUGCUUAGCGGUAUACAUUCAUAGCAUUCUGAUCGAGUGAAGGUAUCAUGCUGUUUUGUAUAAUUCUUGUCCUCGAGUCAUCUGAGUUCUAGCUGUGACUUGUGUUGAGCGAUCUUAGAUUCCUCGCGUACUAUAAUAACAUUGUAAAACUUCGCAUUUUCUUAGACGAGAGAAAAUGAAAAAAGAGAGGGAGUGCCCAAAAUAGAGGACUGCGACACCCCGGUUGAUCAUUAACCCGCUUUGCUUGGACAUGAGACCCGUGUGACUUGAUAUUACCUGUCACCUUUUACGCAUACAACAAAGUUUUAGCCACUUCAGGAGCAGUAAUAAGGAAUCUUGAUUGUAUGCAUGGACCAGAACUGGGAGGGUACCGGUACUAGAAGGGGUGGGAAAGUAAGGGUUUCGACAAAAAAGGUAGAAUUAUCGAUAAAAAAGGUAGAAGUAGAGGAAACGCAAAAGGUAGAAAUCGAGAAAAGUAGGAGCCUUAGAGAACCAAAAAAGGUGGAAAAAAGGUAGAAAAAGACGCAAAAGGGGCUUGGCAGGAGGUCGCAGCAAAAGGACGAAGGGCAACUUCUACAGAAAGAAGGGCUUGUCCAUCUUACUUGCAUAUGCACGCACACUGGGGGGGGGCGGGGGGAUCGCAAAGGGAGGGAGCGCGCCGCAAAGCUCCUGCUGCGGGGGGGGGGGGCGGGGGGGGCGCAAAUGGCGGAAGCGCGCCGCGAAGCUCCUGCUGCCUGGCAGUUGCCCGCGCGCCUGCCUCUGGCGGGUGCGAGGUACUGCGGCAAGAGCGGGAGAACAUAGAGAAACGGAAGGUGCAGCAAGAUGCGCCAAGCCUGAGGGACCGGCCGCAGCUUGGUGGCAAUCCUGCCAGGACACUGCGCGGCCAAGCGCGCGCGGCUUCCCACCGGGCCCGGGCGCGCAUUGCACAAGCCACCGGGGCGCUGCGUUGGCAGUGAGUGGGGUGGAAGGAGCAGCCUACAAGAAGGGCCAAGGUGAGGCCCCCUAUUUUCCGGGCCCCUUCUGAUACCGCGGCCCCAGUUUUUCCCGGGGCCAUGUUGGCCCCAGUAUUUCCGGGGACCCCGCCAGAACUAUAAGGAACCCCGCGGAAAAAUAAGGACCCGGGAUUUUUGCGGCCCCGGUCCGAUUAAAGGGGGAAAAGCACCGGGGCCCUUAUAAUACAGGGGGCCCAGUUUUUCCGGUCCAUGUGCAUGCACUCGGGGUCUUGUGAGGCUAUUCUCCAUUCGUCCCACUUCUCAAUCUUUGUCGAAUUUCAUUCUUUGUGUUCAGCACGAAUUUAUGUAUUGCGAUUAUAAUUUCUCUUUGCAAUCACUUAUAUACAUACUUAACUGUCACACACCACCAGGCGACCAGUUAGAGCCAAUCUAUGGCCCUACUGGCGUUCCCCCGCUGUGGUUCGCGCAAAAAAAUACAGUAUAACGUGAAAACUGUUUGGCCUUGUCCUCUUGGAGAUUAAGAAAGCUCGUUUGCAACAUUAGGAUCAACAUUAUCUCGGUUAUUUGAUCUCUUGUCGUAUAGCCACACGACAGCGCACUCGACCAGUUAGAGCCAGGAUACGGCACUACUGGCGUUCGCUCACUGUAGUUCGUAUAUAUACGGUAUCACGUCGGGUCAAAGAUUUUGUACCCUUGUAGUUAUGCUGGAAAUUUGGAAUGUAGAUAACCUAAGUAAAAUGUAGAUGAACUUUUCCUCGUUCCCGCGUGGAGCGAUUUACUACUUGGCCACCCGGUGCGGAUGCAUGAGACCCUAAGGCUUCGCUCGCAGAAUCGUUGGAGUUCUUGUCAAGUAAUGUAUUACAUUUUUUCAUAAACAACUACAAAAAAGUUUCGGAAUUUUGAUCUUCAGGGAGACUGACCGUAACCAUGAACAACAAAGUGUGACGUGAUAUUGAACAUUCAGUAUGCUCUACAUAAGGAUUUAUUUUUUUCAAUCAACUCUAACCUAGGGCUUCCUUUUUUCUUGAAAAGUAAUACCAGAUUCUGUUCGAAGAUAGGAUCAGAGGGACUAACAUGACAUUAGGUGACAAUCAAUGUACAUCUAGUGGUAGUGGCCUCGUGCUGGCCGUCCCCAUUCCAUCUGCUGUUUUCAUCAUUCCUCGCACUCGUACUUGUGGUGAAAAAGUAGAGCAAGGAUGAUGGGACUUGGAUGGCUGCGAGCUAGUGUGACAACACCCUAAAAUAUUAGUAAGGCUAGGUACUACGGUGAGCAUGCACCCCGAGGCGUAGUACCUGAUGCCUGUCCUACCUUAGUGUGAGCACUCUUAUUUCUGGGCACUUCCCCCAAAGAGACCCCACGCGCAGAAGCAGAUAACCCCUAAGUAAAGCGAUAAAAUAAUUUUGAAUAAUUGAGACACUUCAACAAUCAUCCAUACUUAAGUAGACUGAUAAUUGUUUUUCCAAAAAUGAUUGCUACCGGCCGUGUUAAUCCGAUCGAGGUUUUCACAACGAUUGCCGUCGUGCUUAAUCGUUUGCGUAGUUUAAGAUGCCUGGCCGUCGUGCUUCAGGCUUCUCGCGGGGUGGAAGUAUAUAAGUAUACGAGAAUAGUAGACCCAGGUAGCAAAAAAGAAAAGCCGCGUUGGUGGCAGCGUGAAUGAAGGAAUAAAUAUGAUCUUAGGAAGAUGACACUCAAAUCACCGCACAAAUCAUGGCGCAUCAUCUGAUCUGUCAUGAGCUCUCCGAUUUUCCUCACCCGUAUGAUUGUCAUGGCCUUUUCUUCACUCAGUGUUGCGCUUGCUUGAAGUGUUGUAGUUUUAGGUUCCCUUAGAGUAGAUCUAUCGUUACCUCAAGUUGAGCAGGCUAUUUGUACUUUAAUUCUUUUCGCAGAUUCUUUUUUUGGUACAUGUAGCACGCAAGUAACUACGUACUGGUAAUAUAAGCGGAAGUUGUCCUCCAGGCGCAAGAACUACGACGACGUUCUGUGUUCUUCCGAGCAAACAACGAGAGUUCUUACUCCAAGAAUGAUGUGGCGUGUUCUUCAGAGACAAUGAGAGCGCUUCAACUAAGAUGUCGAAGAAAUUUCGGCGAUAUCUUUCUGCAUGUUGACGUUUGUUAUCGUAUCUCUCGGUCGCGAGUUACUGCUGAGAGAGCAUUUGUUUCGCCUCAACUUCUCGGUGUCCGUUGCAAUCGUUCUCCUUUUACAUUUUUGCCCACCAUAUUUAGAUUCAGC